UUGACUAAAGCCGUAACAUUCCACCCUGGAUUGAUGUUUGACAUCAUAGAGCCUAUGGCCCCUCAGCCUGUAGGACACCAUCCAACAGAGGGCUCAGCUCCACCAAAGUGGUGCACUUGCACCAGGUGUAGGGAGAUGCCAACAGAAGCAGAGAGAGUUUGCUGUGGCAAAUCCAGGGAAAGAUGUGUAUCGAUCCUCCCAGAUUUCAAUGUACUGGUUUUGGAUGAGGCAGUGCUUGCUCUAGCAAGGUUGUACAGAAAUGAUGUCCUUGUCCUAAAUGAAGAAGUUGACUUGAUGAAGGCAAAUAGGCACCAAGGAUAUAGACAGUUUAUUCUUUGGCAGCAUGGGUGGCUUGGCACUGGGAAUCACAGGGUGAUUCCAGGCUGCUGUGUUUGGAGAAUCCGUGACGGAUAUCCGGAUCCCUUUGGCCAGUACAAAGAAUUUGUCCCUGGACGACUUGCCUGA